AUGAUGAUGUGCCACCGCUUCUACACUCGUCAGUCUCACGCCAAGAAUUGCUGGCACACGGUGGCCUCCUCAUGCAUUCUUCUAGCCAGCAAACUCCGAGACUCGCCUCGGUUCCUUGAUGACGUCGUUUUCGUGGUCUAUGAAUGUGAAAUACAGGACGCGAUCACAGAUAUGAUGACGAGGAAAAAGCUCAAUCCUCUCGACAUGAAAGAAAGGGACGAGUUCUCCAAAGGGAGGAUAGAGGUUUUGAAGAGGGAGAAGAAAGAACUUAUCAUAAAGGCAGAGCGGCUGGUGCUACAGACGAUCGGGUUAGAUGAUAUUGAGGAUCCCUACAAGGCUCUCGUGGUGGCGCUGAAGAUGUUCAUGAUGAGUGAUAAAAUCACCGACCUGACUAAGAUGGCGUGGAGUCUUGUGGAGGAGUGGCUCAAGACAUCACUGUGCUUGCAAUACGAGCCAAACUACAUUGCGGUUGGGUCAGUUGUGGUGGCUGCUAGGGUUCUGGGGAUGAAGCUGCCUGCCGGUGAGAACUUUUGGCUGAAGGAGCUAGAUGUUUCGCCGAAGCUGUUGGAUGAGGUCGUUCGCCUGAUGCAAAGUAGGAUCGGCGAGCGGGAAACAAAGAAGACCAUUAGGAUUGUUAGCUUUUAUGAGAUUACAUGCCGCUAA